GGUCGAGUUUUGUGGUUUAUGAAAACUAUAGUACAUAUUAUAUAUAUCCGAAUCGCUGAACGCCCUUAUUUCGUUUACGCAUACCGUCGGCAAUGGGCCCCGCCCCGAACGCUUCCCACCACCAAUCGCACAGCUCACAGCUAAUGUCCAACUCCAUUGACUGGGCCGACCUUCCGCCGGAGCUCCUCCAGACCAUCGCUACUAACCUCCAAACCCUCGCCGAUUACAUCCGCUUCCGUGCCGUCUGCCAGAACUGGCGUCUCGCCGCCCCCAUAACCCCGCGCCAACUCCCCCUCGAAUUUCCAUGGCUCAUGCUCCCCUUAAGCCGCUCGUCUAACAGACGCGGCUUCUUCAAUCCCCUGACCGGCAAUCUCCAUCGCCUCACCCUUCCCGAAGCCUCUCACAGCCGCCGGCGCGCCGGGUCGUCCCACGGUUGGCUGAUUCUAAUCGACGAGUCCCCUUCCAUUUUCCUCAUCAAUCCCCUCACCCGUGACAAAAUUACACUUCCCCCCCUGUCGGCGUUCCCAAAUGUGACGAAAUUCGAUUUUUACAGUAUAGGAAGGGAAUAUACUAUCAGAUCUCCAGAAAAUGAUUACUAUUAUUGCAAUUUGAAGGAAAUGCGCGAUUCCUUUAUUAAGAAGGUGAUUCUGUCUCAUAGUCCUUACGAUGAAUCCAACUUUUUCGCUUUCUCAAUUCUUAAUCGACAUGAAAAUCUCGCUUACUGUAAAAAUGGCCACGACUCGUGGAAAAUUAUAGACGAAGCACGGUCAUAUGGUGAGGAUGCUAUUUAUUUUGGUGAUGCAUUUUAUGCUGUUGAUAAAUUUGGGUCGAUUGCAAUUUGUGAUGUCAACUAUGGAGACAUGCCGAUGGUGAAGUAUAUCAACGUGGGGCAGCAAAUUGAUGGAGAUAUGCAGUAUUUGGUGGAUGCAAUGGGUGAUUUGUUGUUGGUAUCAAGGUAUCUGGAUUUUGAGAUUGAUAUUGAGCAUUAUUUAGAAGUGUGCAAGACGGUGAAGUUUCGUGUGUAUAGGUUUGAUUGGAAUACCCAGAAAUGGGAGAGCAUGGCAAGUUUGGGUGAUAAAGUGUUGUUUUUGGGGGAGAAUUCGUCGUUGGCUCUGCUGGCAAGUGAUUAUCCAGGGUGUGAAGGGAAUAGGAUUUAUUUUACAGAUGACUAUUCCGGGACAAAUUAUGAUAGUAUUGCUGGGGAUCAUGACGUUGGUGUUUAUAAUUUGGAGGAUGGGAGUAUUGAAUCACUUCCCUGUUAUCCUCGAAACUUGCAUUGGCCAAUUUGGAUCACUCCAAGUUUAUGUUAAACAUGAAAACAGAUGAUGUUUUGAGUGAUUCCUUCGUCCUUGGAGUGGUACAGAGACUGUCAACUUAAAGCCCCGGAAUGGAAUGUGUGUGAAUAUUGAAACAAUGUAAUCUUAAAAUAACUACUCGAACCUAGAUACUGGAAUAAAAUUUAUGCAAAUCUCAGAGCAUCCGAAGAUGUUAGAAAUCCUUGGCAAAUCUGGAAUUUGAACUUCUCUAGCUUGAACCAAACAGUCAUUACAAUAUUCUAUGAAUGGAACUCUUAUUCUGCUCUCGCAUUUCUUGGAGCUGUUACUCUUUAUUGAUCUCGAUUGUGGUUUAUAUUUUCCUUGCAAAUUCAACUCGACUGCUAUAUCAACCAGAUAGCCGAUAGGUACUCAAGUUUCAGAUUGGCAGUCAGUAAACACUGGAUUCUGAAGAGGUGGGCACACUCUGGUCCGGGAACAAUCACACACCAGAAUGCGAGCAUGUGGAUAUCUAUUGUUGUUCACCUUAGAAAUCACUGCCCCAUCUUUCUCCUUACAGAAAGCAUGGAGCGUUUAUGAACCUGUUAGAACAUUAUGUCAAGAAUGCCGACACCCGGCACCAAUAUGCUGACAAUCUCAUAGAAAUAUGUAUAUACUCAUCCCCCAUGUGGCCCAGUUUUAUAGGUUAAAAUUAUUGGUGGAUUUAGAUGAUGGCAUGCACAGUUGAGUAUCAGCACCUGCUGGGGACCAAUUUAGAAACAAAGUACCCUAAUGAUUUGUUAAAAAAGAAGAUAGACUCAGAAUUGUUUGAAUUCCUAUUUCAAAAUUCGCUUGAUAUUGAAAGUGACAGAAUUAGGAAAUCAUCACAAGCACCAAAACUCAUUUAUCUAUCUAUCUAUUUUUCCUUGUUGUUUUUUCAAAUUUACAACUGCUACCAUUCUACAUAUUUUUCA